CGACUGUUAAAAAUGAACCAAUAAUAUUUUUGACUCCGCCCUUCAUGUUUAAAAUUUACAUAAUACAUCUCCAAACUCUCAUUUCAGUUUCAGACUUCAUAAGAUGUGUAUCUCUUCUGGCGAUCAGUUUUCAAGUGUUUAUUCUGUGAUGGCAAGAACAAGACCUCAAUAUGAAAGAUUGAUUCAAACUUAUGAGUCCUCACUGGAUUACUUCACAGUCAAAGCUCGUCCAUAUAUUACCCGAUUAAGACAAUUUGAGUUUGAUCUUAGUGAUUGGUACAUUCCGUUCAUUCGUGAUGAUUUAGAAGCCUCACUCAGAAUAAUUCGUGAAAGAAUAAUGCCUGAUUCUGAUGACCCUGCAUAUGAGUACGCUGUCGAGUUGAGAAGAAUCGAUAUAUUCAGGACUCAAUUAUUACAUCAUUUACGUAUAUUACAAAGAAAUCCAUUAUAUAUCCCAGAUUUCAUUCAAGGUCCAUAAUCUGUAUAAGCCCUGUAUCAAUAUCAAAUACAUUAUAAUACACUAAAUACACUAUAUAUGACUCAUCAAUAAAAAUGAGAUUUUAAAAUUCAAAAUAAAAAUGUGUCCCGCUCUUUUCACACGUAUAAAUACCCCUGAUUCAGUUUCCCUUUAUUCAUUUCUACUUCAAACUUCAAUGUGUCUACUUGUCCUUUUA